AUCCCUCGAUGCAACGUUCUCAAUACUGUAACUACCCUCUAACAGUUAUGAUCGACCUCCUUGUCUAGGUGACAAUGGCCGGAAAGUCCAAGGCUGAAUCUCUUGUAGUCCCAGAACUUACCGAGGACGCCGCUGAACGGAAGCGUGUGUUAAACGUCCUGGCUCAAAGGCGAUAUCGACAAAGAAGGAGAGAACGUCUGCGAGCAUUGGAGUCUCGGGUAAAAUAUGAUGGGGUUGUGAAUGAGGACUCUACGAUAAAUAGGUCUAAAGCGUCUCGGACUAGGCGAGAGUCUCGAGAGGAAGAAGUGUCUGACCAGCUCGAGGUUCAGACCGAUCUCGGUGCAGCGGACGGCGCGGUGCGAUAUACGCCAGUGUCAUCUUUACCCUUUAAUAAUGAGGAUGACGAUCAGCCUGCACAAUUCGACAUGUCUUUUCUGUCGCCCUUCAAUUCGCAAUCUUUAAUGUAUCCGGCCAUCGACAUAAACGACACUUUUACCUUAUCUGCUUUCGGAACAUCGCCACAGAUGGACAUGUCCACUUUUGAGAGUGAGCACCAACUACUAGAUAGUCUCCUCGACAGAUCAGAUGAUACUACCCCCUCCUCAUACGAGACCGGAGACAUAUCCGAUGAACUUCAAACAUCAGAAUCCGCAAUCUUUACCUUUCCUGACGACCGGCUCCUGGAAGUCCCGCCUCUCACCCUACUCAAUGCAGCAUUACAGGUAGCUCAACGAUUACAAAUUGCCGAAUUGAUAUGGGACCUGGGAGCAAUCAGUCCAUUUUACCAGGGACAAGGCACUUCAUCCUCGUCUUCACCGUCUCUGUCACCUCCAUCGUUAUCAAUGGUAACCACCGAUUCCUCAUCGGCAGAGGUGGCGCUUUCCGCUACACUACCAACACACCUUCGUCCCACAAGCACCCAGCUCCUCAUCCCACAUCAUCCCCUUCUGGAUCUCCUCCCAUGGCCAAGCACAAGAGAUAAGCUAAUUCAGAUCUUCAAUCUUCCGCCAAACUUACGGCCAAAAACCGCGCAAAGUCCCAUGGGCCUUAUCCAGUUGGUGGAAGAUAUGGAAGACACGGGCGGUGAAGGUGUAAAAGUCCUAGGCAGUGACCCGUUUGAGCCAUGCGGAUGGGAGAUUGGCCAGCUCAUGUUUGAAAAAUGGUGGUGGGCGUUUGACACGGAACUGGUGACUCGGAGUAACCAAGCUAGGAAGAAGAGAGGUGAAAAGGGGUUGGCUAUGCAGGGAUCUCAGCUGUGAAUAAUUGAGAAGCCAUGGCAUUCUACAGCAAGAACAAAUAACUCAGUAUACUAUCUACAUCAAAGUAUUCAACAGUUAAAGGGGACCGCUUAAUUCACUAGACGAGUUCAACAUCC